AUGAACCAUUUGACUGCAAAAGACUGCAACGAGGACGUCGAAGAUGACACCGAAGAUGAAGAGGUUGAGGUUGAGGAGGACCAGCUUGAGCCAUCCUCAGAUGAUGAAAUGGUACAACCUACUCGAAAGCGACAGAAGAGAGGCAAAACUCUUGUCUCAUCUACAACCAAAGCUCCGAAAAAGACUUCCACUGCAUCAAAGACCAAGACCACCCCAAAAGCACAACAGCCAAUCCCGACAAAGAUUGUUCUCCUGAUUCCUUGCUAUGAUGGAACAAUGACUCGGAAGGAGUAUGAUGAUCGUUGGGUUGACUUUGACUCUGAAGUAAAGCAAAUAAUCUAUGAAGCCAUUGGGUGUGACGGGGCAAAAGAAAAGCCUCCUUUGGGUUACAAGAUUGAAGGUAGUCCUGCAAAGGAAAAUCCUAUUUCGUUGAAUUGUGGAGACGACUGGGAUGGGCUCUGUGAAGAUGUGCUCUCGAAGCAAAAUGAGAAAAAGAAGCUAUUCAAGGUGUCGAUUACUGCUUCUCCCGAGUACAUGAAGGGCUUAAAGGACUGGAUGGACAAGAAGAAUAAGAGCAGAAAGGGAAAGGGCAAAACUCCAGUGAAACGAGGAUCUGGAAAGAGCGACAGUGGAAGGAAGUUCCAUUUUGACAGCUCUUCCAAUGGCUCGAACAGUGAAGAUGAUGGUGCCGAGAAAUCAAUGAUGGAGGUUGAGAAACACCAUAUUGACGAGCUACGCCUGGAGUAUGGAAAGUGCAAUCUACAUAAACCACAGCCUUGUAAGAUUGCACAAGAAACACAUACAAUCUUGACAUUCAAUAUGCUUUCUGCUUGGGCAAGGGCACUGGCCAACAAAGACACAGGCGUCACAGUGAAGACUCCACCAAAAUCAGAAUCUUUUCGAGCAUUUCACCAUUCUAUCGAGACAACAACUCCAGUGAGUAGUAUUACCGAGACCCCUGGCACAAGCUCCUCGACAGCAAUCAAGGAAUGGGUGGCACCAAUGAUGGGAGCUUUUGCUGCUAUCACUCAAAUGUCGCAGCAGCAGCACACUCAAACUGUACCUAAUACACCUAUUCCACUUCAGAAAUCAACCCCGCCAUCUCCUGGUGUUGCUGCUUUCAAUGCACCUUCUAGUGAUGGAUUUGAUACAAGCUUUAGAACCCGUGCCUUUGCCAUGGUGGCUCGCUCUGCUCGCACCAUGUGCUACAGCAGGGUUCACAGCUUGUUGGGGGCAAGCCCCCAAACCCCCCUGAGUCGGCGCCUUGCGCCUUCAUACUUCAAUAUUUAUUAUGCAGUAUUCUGA